CAGCAUUCCGAUGGUGACGUAGGCUAAAUAAAUAAAAACAACCUCAGCGAAAGGAGAUGGAUGACUGCCAUAGUUACAAAAUCCUAGGCAACAAUAUUUUUGUGUAUUUUCGCCAUGGCAACGGAAGCCUCGCGUGCCUUGUAAGAUUGCGAACAGUGUCGCCUAAGUUCAAAACAGAGAAAGAUGUGAAGGAAUCGGACGAAUCAUGGAUUGCAAAAGGAACUUCCUGGCCUAUUUGGCAUUGUUUUUACACGUAGUCAGUAAUUAUUGUUUAAUACCUGUGCAAUGUGUGGACGCCCCGUUUAUACAUAUUCCGGGCAACGGAGUUAUAUCCGGAACAUAUCUUAAAAUGUUCCGUACCCAAAAUAUUAAGGCCUAUCUUGGCAUUCGCUACGCGCACGCCAGGAGAUUUCAACCGCCGGAUAUCGAACUAACACCGUGGAAGGGGAUUUUCAACGCAACGGUAUUCCAACCGGACUGCUGGCAGAAUGCCAUGCCUUCGAUGAGCAAGGAAACCGAACAGAUCCUACAAAUCAUAGCCUCUGGUUCGAAUUCCGAGGACGGUGGCAGAAAGUUUGAGGAAAACUGCUUGUAUCUUAACGUUUUUGUACCUGAUGGAUUGCCCGAAAUCAAUGGAUAUGCAGUUGUUGUGUGGAUCCAUUCCGGCGAUUUUUCCACUGGAAGUCCGGCGGACGUAGAGCCAUUUCAAUUGGUGUUUAAGCAGAAAGUGAUCGUGGUGACCUUUUCUUAUCGGCUGAACAUCUUUGGAUUUUUCACAACCGACGACGGCGAGGCCCAGGGGAAUUAUGGACUGAUGGAUCAGUCGGCAGCACUUUAUUGGGUCAAGAAGAACAUAAACUUUUUUGGAGGGGACUCCAAUCGAAUUACCCUGAUGGGACAUGAUGCGGGAGCAGUAAGUGUUGCCCUUCACAUGACCUCGGGUGAAUGGUCGAAGGGUGGUUUUCACAAGGCCAUCAUAAUGUCGGGGAACCCCCUGAGUCCGGUAAAAAUGCCCUACGAAUAUGAGGGAUCUCUGGACCAAGUUUCAAGCACUUUCGGUUGCCCGAGAAAGCCAACUUCGAUGUUUAUUCAGUGCCUGAAAAGAAUCGACGCCAAGAGGCUGUCGGAGAACUUGCCCUCGGUGAGUUGGGGUCCUGUUGUGGACUUUGGAUUGAGUAACACGUCGUAUCCGUUUAUCGAGAAUCAACCAGAGAUCCUGUUCAAGAAAGGAAGCUAUCACAAGGUGCCCGUCAUCAUCGGAGUGACCGAUAUGGAGGAGGUGCUGACUUUGUUCAAGGACAACCUCGAUACGGAAAUAAGUGCUACGGAUCUAGAGGGAUUUUUCACCGACAUCGCUGUAAACGACAUGCACAAACUUGUUCGAAACUACGAGUGGUGCUCGAAUUACGAGUUGAUAUCCGAUGCCAUUAACUUUAUGUACGCAAAUGAAUCAGAUACGGAUGCGAGAAAAGCCAACAAACACAUUAUAAGUGCCCACACCGAAAAGUUCUAUAUCACGCCCAUGCAAACGUUUGCCGAUCUGAUAAGUAAUGACAGCGAAGUCUAUAGUUACCUGUUCAAGAUGCGACCGAGGUCGCUCCCAGAUCUUCCCAGUUGGAUAAGUGUGCCGAAGUAUUUCGAUCAGGUUUUCGUGUGGGGCAAUCCCUAUAUGACCAACUCUGUCGAGUGGAAGUCAACCGACAAAAAAAUUGCCGACAUAAUCAUGACCUUGUGGGCGAACUUUGCCAAGACCUCGAAUCCCACAAAGUCUAAUGUUUAUGUGAAGUGGAACGCGAUGACCCCCAACAAUGACUCAGUGCUUCUUAUCGAUGAGAGCUUCAACACGGACAAUUUACUAAACAAUCAGCGGAUCAACUUUUGGAAAGUGUUAUAUCCCAAGAUUCUCGUCUUCUCCGCCGAUUGUUGCAAUUCCACAUUCUCGGGUAGUGCCUUAGUGAUCGCCGCUUCCGUUCCAAUAUUAUGUACCCUUAGCAUUGUCGUUAAUAUAUUUUGAAUAAAGAGAUCCUGCAAAUA